UAAAAACGGGGCGGUACUGUGCGUAAAACCAAACUUUUCUGGUUCCUGAACAUGCGAUUGCAAUAUAUUAGCAAACAGCUACAGUGUUGCUAUGUUAUUCAGGUCACUGAUAGCGGGUGCCUGCACUCUUGGCGUUAUUGGAGCGACUACAACGCAUAUAUUUGCUCCUUUGCGGGUCCAAGCAGCCCUUCUUCACACCCCCAUUAUAAGAAAGUCUUUGCUGGUGGAACAGAGCAACAUGAAGAUAGAAUUGCUGCCUGCGCUCACUGACAACUACAUGUACCUACUUAUUGAUGAGGAAACAAGAGAAGCAGCCAUUGUUGACCCUGUGGAACCAGUUAAGGUUUUAGAAGCUGUCAAAAAGCACAAAGUGAAGCUCACAACAGUCCUGACCACCCAUCACCAUUGGGACCAUGCAGGUGGCAAUGAAAAGAUGUUGAGAUUGAUGCCUGGGCUCACUGUGUAUGGAGGAGAUGACAGGGUGGACGCCCUUUCCAAGAAAGUCUCACACUCCAACACCUUAAAACUUGGCUCUCUAAGUGUCAAGUGUUUGUUUACACCAUGUCACACUACCGGUCACAUUUGCUACUUUGUGACCAAGAACAACAGCACUGAACCUCCAGCUGUCUUCACAGGCGACACUCUAUUUGUGGCUGGCUGUGGGAAGUUCUUUGAGGGUACAGCAGAGCAGAUGUACAGGGCGUUGGUAGAUGUCCUGGGACGGCUGCCCCCUGAAACGCGUGUCUACUGUGGUCAUGAGUACACUGUCAACAAUCUGAAGUUCGCCCGACACGUGGAGCCGGACAAUGAAGUAAUUUUGAAAAAGCUUGCAUGGGCAAAGGAGAAAUUCAGCAAUGGAGAACCCACCAUCCCUUCCACAGUGGCAGAUGAAUUUUCAUUCAACCCAUUUAUGCGCGUAAAAGAGAAGGCAGUACAAGACCAUACUGGACAAACAGACCCUAUCGAAACAAUGAGAAGUCUCCGGAAAGAGAAAGAUGGCUUCAAGGUUCCCAAGGAGUGAUAGAUGUACAAUGGGUUAAAGAAAUCAAAAAAAUAUGGUCCUCUACUCUACACUUGUAUUGUUUCCUGUUAUGCCUGCAGAAAAUAUUACAUGUCACACAUAAUGCUAUAUUUACAAAAUGUCAUUGCUUACCUAAUAUAAAAAUAUAACCCAAACAGAAACAUUUUUAACUAUAUUUGAUUACUAUGUAGGGAUUUUAUGAAAUGUUUAUUUAUUUUAAUAUGAUCUGCUGGCCUGUGCAAAUGUUUCAUUAUAUUAGUUGGAACCUUUUAAGGUUUGCUAAAUUUUUAUGGUCACAGAUUGUACUUACAAAACUGAAAAUCAGAAGACGGCUGGUAAAAUGUCUUAAUAUGUGCAAUCUAAAGUUUGCACAUUAUUAUUUGAGCUUUUAUUUCUGAAAGUUAUUUUCUCAGUUGUGAUACGUCUUUGUUGUACCUUUUAUAAAGCUUUCUCAUCAAACGUUCUAUUUAGAUUAUUUACUUAAAUGUUGUAGUUAUAGGCGCUGUAGGGUGUCACAACGAAAGUUCUGAUUUUGUCUUCCUCAAUGCAGUUUAAGUAAGCAAUAAAGCACAUGCGGUGUUGGUCUUCAGUAAAUUUGACUGCAAAUGGGCUUCCAUGGUAGACUACAACAAAUAAAAAAUCCUGCUCGAUUAAAA